AUGUUGUCCGCGACUCCACAACCCGAGGCUGCUAACCCUGCUUGUGACCUUUGCCACUCGCGAAAGGUCAAGUGCGACCGCAACGAACCGUGCGGGAACUGUUUGGACGCCAAUGUUCCUUGCAAGCGCGAGCGGUCCCGGCAGCCCCUACCCCGGAACAAGCCACCCCCGAAGCCAACGCAGGAGGAAGUCAAACGGUUGACGGAUCGGGUCGCAUUUCUGGAAGACCUGGUCCGAACCGUGGACAUGCCACGUCCGGUGUCCACUGCACAUAGUGCCGGUUCACUCGACCACCACACUAUCACUUCGCCGGAAGAGAAAGAUGAUUCCUCUUCGACAAAUGGCAGGCUGAGCCUGCCAGAGACCAAUGCGCUCCGGAAGCGAAGUCAGUCUCUGGGCGCGAAGGAUGAAGCUUUCGCAAAGAGACGAAAGCUUGAAUCGGGCUUUAGCCCGUUGGAGAGUAUCCGGGCCAUGAGCACACCACAGUCUCCGUCCACUAUCGAGGCUCAGUCGUAUAUUCUACACGAACUCGAGGCUGCCAAAGACCUCAGCAGCACACGACGGACGGUGCUACGCUCUGUUGGAGAGCUAAUCAGUCAGCUUGACAGCAAGUUGAAAGUAUCCACCAAUACGAAGGUCGACUCGAGCAGUACCGGGACUGGCUUACAGGAUAUCCAGUAUCCCUCAAUAGAGUUUCUGUGCUGGAUGCUAAAGGAAAUCAACAAUAAUCAGCUAGGUUUUCAUGUGUCAUAUUUCUUUAAGCACAUCAAUCCCAAAACGCUAGAGAAGAUGGGCAUUGCGUUAGUGCAUCAGUCGGAGGACGAGGAUACACUACUUCUCUAUUCAAUUUGCGUCAAUUCCAUGGCCAUCAAAUUCCUCAAUACAGUCAUGCCUGAGGAGGAGAGUCCAGAGUUGGCCGAGGAGAUGCGGCUCGCUGUGCAAAAAUACAUGGCCAGCGCCAAGCUCGCACAGAGUCGGAUCCCGCUCCUAACGGCCCCGUCCCUCACUCUUCUGCAAGCGCUCCUCUGUAGUGCAUUCAUGAUGCAGGGUCAGGGGGAUACAGCAGCUUGCUGGACCUUUACCUCGGCCGCCUGCAAGACCUGCAUGGAUCUCGGUCUCCACACCAACCGAGGCGACUUCUGGGAUCCCCGCGCGGAGAUAAAUGAGCUCUACUACUGCUUCGUCUGGUGUUACAUCCUCGACAGGAGCUUCUCCAUGAAUCUCGGCCGCCAAACAUCUGUUCUAGACACCAAUCUCAUUAGGAGCACUGAGUCAGUCUGGAACGAAGCCCCGGUCAACCUCCUCACCGUCUACCUGGAGUUGGCCCGAAUCCAAUCUGUCGUCGUAUUGGAGCUCAGUCACAAGACCAAGGACGAGGACAGCCCUGAGCAUCUACACAAGUCAACUCUCAUUACCAAGCUGAUAGAGCAAAUGCAAUACGCAAAGAAGGAAAUGGACAGGCUGAAAGAAGAACCCGAAAAAUUCCGCGGCCUCUUCAUGGGAAGCGAAAUGAACGCUCUCGAGUUUUCCUAUUGGUCUGUGAUGACCGCAAUAAGACGUUGCGAGCGCGCUGCCACCGGCUCCAAGACGUCCGUCGGCGACAAUUGCCUAGAGGCUGCUCGAUCAGCCAUCUCCUCCUUGCGGUCCCUUCAGAAGCCGCAGUUAGCAAGCGAGGAAGGAGGUAUUGGGCUGGGGACGACGAUGAGCUUCGUGAAUUGGACGCUCCUCUUCUACCCCCUCACCCCCUUCUUCGUUCUCUUCUGCAAUGUCGUCGCCACCUCCAACCGCGACGACUUCGCCCUGAUGAAAGCCAUGACCGAAGAGCUCUCCGAGCUCGCCGACCGCAGCACCUCCAUCGACCGCCUGCAACGCCUCUUCACCGUCUUCCUCGGCCUGGCCGAGCCCCUCCUAGACGAAGACGUAGACGCCGACGGCGAAGACGACGACGACGGCAACACCGCCACCACCACCAACGGGACAGGCAAGCAGGAUAGCAACAAGACCCGCCGCGGCCGCCGCCGACACCGCCGCAAGCACAGCAGCUACGGACAGGCGCUCGACAUGUACUUCAAGCUCAAGGGCUCAUCCACCAAACCUGGCUCCUCGGUCACCGCCGCCCCUUCAAAUUCCCGACCAACAACCCGCAACCACCCUAACCCUACCUCCGACCCCGCUCCCCCGCCCCCCUGGGACACAGGGCCCUACACCAGCACCUUCCACCUCUCCGACAUCGUCCCCACGACGACCACCGCUGCAAACGCGACAGCCACCGCAACCGCCCCGCCCUCCCCCUCCUCCGCCUUCCCGCCCCUGCGCACCUCUUCCGCGCCCACCCUACCCGCAGCAGCGGCGGCAGCAGCGGCGGCUGCUGCAGCGAGUAAUAUGUACGUCUCCUCGCCGGCGCCGUCGCACGUGUCGCACAAUACGUCGAUCGGGACGACGGUGGCGGGCGGAGCGGGCGGCGGAGCAGGAGGGCCAGGGGGUAAUUAUGCGAUGCAGUACUCGCUGCCGCCGCCGGAAGCCACGGAGGGGUACGACAUCCCGUUCUGGGAGCUGUUUGACGUGCAGCCGAGUUUGGAUUGGUUGGAUGUGGAUUUGGGGGGUGUGAUGGGGAUGGGUGGGGGGCAUGGUGGUGGGGAGGGGCAUUAA